AGUCGUUGCCAUUCGACCUCUGCGGGGCCUGCGCGGACGCAGCGAGAACCCUGAAAUUCAUUAUGCGUUUAAAACCUUUAUUUAUUUCCGCAUAACCUACAUACUCUCACCGGGAGGGCCGAGCGGAGCGCAGAAACGACGACGGUCCAUCUCUUUCGGGAAACACAUCGGUUAUAAACACAGCAUUUUAAUCGGAGGAGGGGGGAUACUGUUGAGAAAGUGAAGAUUCUAACGUAUAUUAAGAAAAAAAAUGUCCGGUGAGAGAAACCGCAGGUCGCUGGCUUUCCGAGGAGGUGGAUUAGCUGGGUUAACGGGUUCCAGCGGUAUCGGUGGGGGGAACUGUAACAGCUGGGAGGCCCCGGCCUGUCAAGAUCGACAUUUUAACGGGAACAGGCCGGAUCAAGAGGAGGACAGGGAUCUGGGGGCGAAAGGACCGUCGCAGAAGAGAGUGGAGGGCGCUGGAUCUGUCAGCGAUAGCACGGAACCCGAGGCGGAGGAAGAAGAGGACCCGGAAGGGGGCAGUCGGGCAGCUGGGGAGGGCGACGAUCGUGUCGACUCGGUGGAAGCGGAGGACGGGUCCGGGGACGGGAAAAACUGGGUUGCGGGGAACGGUCACAACAACAGCGCCGACGGCCAGGAGACUGCCAGGGGAGGCGAGACGGGAUCCAGGAAAUCUGGGGUAGAGAUGAGACCGCAGACGCUGCUUCAGAAACACUCGCUUUUCCACGCUUCGUGGUUGCAAGAAUUUCCAUGGCUCAAAUUUUGCCAGGAGACUGGACUCAUGUCGUGCUCCUGGUGUCACAACAUUGCCACUAAAAACAGCGACGAGCUCGUCAAAGGCAGUCGCAACUACAAGCGGGCCUUGCUGCUGAGACAUCACCUGUCUUCUGAGCACGGGAGAAACGAUCCCACCAAACAGGAGACACCGAGGCCCUCGGACAACACCAGCCCCUCCACUAACUGCACAGAGGAAGACUACCGCAACAAGCCCAACGAGAACUCCUACUGUUACCAGCUUCUACAGGAGCUGGACAAGCAACGCAAAAGUGGCAUCCUCUGUGACGUCAACAUUGUCGUCUCGGGCCAGGUGUUCCGUGCGCACAAAAAUAUCCUGGUCGCAGGCAGCCGCUACUUCAAAACCCUCUACUGUCUGACCAAGAGCGAGACCCAGGACCAGACCACGGUCACGCACCUAGAUGUUGCUGCUGUGCAGGGCUUCUCGGUCAUCCUCGACUUUCUCUACUCUGGGAAUCUGCUGCUCACAAGCCAAAAUGCCAUUGAGGUGAUGUCAGUUGCUAGUUACCUCCAGAUGACAGAGGUUGUACAUUCUUGUAGGGCUUUUAUAAAGGAUGCUCUGAAUAUCAGCAUCAAGCAAGAAGCUCCCGAUUCCGUGGUGGUGGACUACAACAAGAGGCAGAUGGUGGCCAAAGAGGGACAAAGGGGGCUAGACCGUAAGCCAAGUAACUUCUGGGCGACAAGCAUCCUGUCAAAGCUAUCAAUCAAGGCCAGCAGCAAUCAAGGGAAGGAGGCAAUGGAAGAAGAUGACGAAAAUGGCCGCGUGAAAGAGGAGACGAGUGAUAUAGAGGUGACAGUGGUCGGGGGUGAGGGCUGUGCCCUGGUAACCCCCGGAGCCUCUGGUAGCUGGACCCACCAAAACGACAACUCAUCUGAUUCAGCAGAGACCAAUGAAAUGCGGGCGACGAGUGGCCAGACGCGGGUCUUCGUCUGGAACGAGCCAGCCACAGGCGGCACGGCCGCAUCACCCGCAGCAAUAAAGCGAGAGGCACCGGAUGCUGCAGCUGGAAGUGGACGGAGGAAAAAACAAGCUACAACACGGCGGUUUGUCUACAAUUUCCCACCAGAGCCUGAAGAGGGAUUUGAUGAGGGGAUGUUCAUCCAGCCUUCAGCCUCCUACCCCAGAGAGGACUUCUCCUCGCUCUCCGAAAAUGCUGAGCUGGCCAAUCAGAUCCAGUAUAGCAUCAUGCAAGACUUACAACAAGGGGAGUCCUGGGAGAAUGGCGAGUCCUCACACCUAGCCCUCAAUAAGCUCAAGUGCCCCCACUGUAACUACAUCGCCAAGCACCGUCGCACGCUCAAGAGGCAUCUGAUCAUCCACUCAGGUGUGCGCUCUUUCAGCUGCGACAUCUGCGGCAAGCUGUUCACCCGCCGUGAGCAUGUAAAGAGACAUUCCCUGGUUCACAAGAAGGACAAAAAAUACAAGUGCAUGGUAUGCAAGAAGAUCUUCAUGCUUGCAGCAAGCGUCGGUAUCCGCCACGGCUCGCGGCGCUACGGCGUGUGUGCAGACUGCGCCGACUCGCACCAGGCCACUCAGGAGGGCCUGGAGGGCAUCGAGUUUCCUCGGGACGAAGACUUUGACGGGGAGGAAGGGGAAGAAGUGGAGGGCGAGGAACCUGCUGAGAACGACCAAUCAAAUUGGGGCGAGGGCAACGCUGGUGCUGCCCCGGAAGAGGACUAAAAAAAAUAAAUACAUUUUUAACAAGCUUGAGAAACAAAAAUGAAUAACAGUUGAUGUUUAAUAUAUAUGUAUACAGAAAUCUAGCUGGUAAACAAUCAACUCCAAAGUGCUAUCAAACCUUGAGGUUACUUAAUUGUGCGAGUAUAUGACAGAGUUUUUUUUGUUUUGUUUUGUUUUUUUUUAAAGAAAAAAAGCUUUGCGGGAACUCCAAGAUGUACAGAUUUUAUUAUUGCUCAAAUGUGUCCAACUCUGGGCCCAGCGCCCACAAGAGAACGAUUUAAUGACGAAUAACGUGAUGAAUCAGGUCUUUGGUGAUGUAUUUUAUUUCCUGUUUUGUUUUUUGUUUUCGGGACG